AUGGCUCACCCUCGUUGGGGAGGUAUGAACUCCGUUGGGGUGAGUAUCUGUCAGAAGCGACUAGCUCAGACAACCCCAAAGGAAUGGACCGAAGAUCCAUAUUUCAUCUGUCACUUAUUGGCCCUUGCGCAGCUCCAGGAGCGUAAGCUGGAUUUGCCAAAACCAACUAUUUACACCUCACGUCUUCUCGUGACCAACGUAUUAGAUCGGGAAUACAUACUUUAUUACGAGGCCCAAAUCACCACCGAGCUACUGAAUGGCCUUAAGAAUCCGAAGGAUUCAACAGGCCCCAUGAAAUGGCCUACAAUUCGACGGAGAAAAGUCCCAUACAAGCCUUAUCUUACCUUCGCCGACCGACUCGUCGCCGAGCUUGUGGCGCCCAGUCCCUUACCCUCCCACGGCCCCUUCAAUCCGUCAGAUGAUGUGAAUGGUGUCUUUGAGUACGGUAGGAAACGACCACGUGAACAAGGAGACAACGGAUCGGACAUGGCCAGCAAACGCGGAGUUUGUUGGCAGAAAAACGCAACUCGAGAGAGAGACUAA